UAGUAGCUUCUUGGUCGCUAAGAUGGUGGACUGCUGGAGCAGAGUGUCGCGAUAAUCUAUAUCGACUGAAAUGGACAACUGGAACUAUCUAAAAUUUAUGUAUUCAGAUUCAGAAGAAAUUGAAUAAAUUAUGGGAGGAUAUAGUCAAAAUAUCUUAAGAAUGAAUGUUGUACGGAUACCUUCAUAUAAAGUGAUUGAUGAGGCAUCCUUCAAUACAGAAUACUGGCCUAAAAUUGAAAAUGCAAUCAAUGUUAUGCUGCACAAAAAUCCUGGAGAAUCCUUUCAAUUUUCAUAUGAGGAUGUCUUCAGUGUUGCGUACAAGUGUACAACACAGAGAUUCUCAGAGCAGAUGCUAUUACGUGUGACAACAAUUAUUGAUAAAUUCACCUCCUGCUGCCUUGCAAACAUCUCUUCAUUAUCUGGUCAAGAAUACCUGGAAAGAUUCAAAUUCUUCUUAAAACAGUUCUUCCAAGCUGCAGAGGGUAUAGCUGCUAUUUUCAGCUACAUGGAUAGAAACUAUGUUGUCCGAACAUUUGGUAAAAAUAUGUUGUCCAUGAUGUAUUGGCAAUUAUCUGAGAAGAUUGUCAUACAGUCCACCGUAUUUGAUAAUUUACGACAGAUCUCGGAGGGUGAUUUCGAAGUUGACCCACAGCUUCUGAUGUCCAUUAUCCAAGGCCUCUAUACCUUGAGGAAAGAUUUUGCAAGCUUCAACAUGAAGUUGUUUAAGCGGUUUAUUCCAAACAUUGAGUCUGCGUCGAACAUCGAUUGUUUGCCUGCAAUGGACGAUGAAGUGCUAGCAAGGGAAAUCGAUGAAAACAAGACAGUUGAAAGAAUGGCAUAUAAGCGAAAGGCUGAUGAAGUGAUGGAGGACACACAAGCAAACUUAAAGCGAUUUGCCAAGGCAAGUUGAUGAACGCACUCUGUGCUAUGUGUUAUGAACUGUGACUUUUGUUAUAUACUAAACCGGGACAAAUGGGAUGUUUAUUUUCAUUAACACAGAGUAAGUGCACGUUGUAAUAUUUUUGUAUCAAAUCAUUGUGGAGACCACGAGGCCUUGAUAACCGAAGGCUUUUAAAUGAUUUGUUCGCAUUUUCAAAACCUUAUUUGACAUCGUAUAUUUAAGGCUCCGUGAUAUGACAUUUCUCUUGUGAAAAGGAAUGUUUAAUUGAGAAAUUAUAUCAGAUAGAACGUGCUUUUUCAAAGCAACUGUAGUAUGUGAGGAUUAGUUAUCCAGUGCCCAAAUUUGAAAUUAGAAAUUUGAAAUUACAAGUAGUUUAGAUUUAAAUCAACGUAUUCUCAGGAAUGGCUGUUUGUGCCAGUAGCUUGACUGAAAUUCUGCACGGAGUUUUUGACUCGCUUUUGAAAUUAAAGUAUGUCGCCCCUAUGACGUAAUUGAUAACAAUUUUGACUCUACCGCAGUGGUCAGGCCUGCUGAAACCUCGCUGUAAUGAAAAAAAUUGAAAUCAGGUUCGGGGCCAGAAAGGCCUAGGUACCUCAGAACAAAACUUUUAAGGCACGCCAACAUGUAGAUGCUGAAAAUGCUUUGAUUUUGAGGAAAUGCAUAGAUUAAGUCGUUCUAGGGUUUCCUGGUCCUGAUUAAGAAUACAUUUCACCUCGUAUCUAUGGUAACGAUGACGUCUUAACACGCCUUGAUAUACUUGUAUGUCUUCUUGUACGACAUGUACGUCUUAACAGUUACGGCGAUAUGGGCGCUCAAUAUUGCAAAGGUUACAUUUAGACGAAACUUUGUUUACCACAAAUAACUCUUCUACGCUCAGUUUUUCUAUCUAGAAAGUUUCUUGCACGUUUUCCAGCCAUUUAACAUUUCCACAUGCAAUAUUUUGAUAUGUCAAAAACAACAUAGAAAGAGGCUAAAUCGCACAUGGAAGCUCGUUUAGUUUUCUCAUUAUUUAUAGCGUUUAAGGUCAUUUUACUGUCCCUCGAAGAUUUCCCUCCGAAGCGUAUAUAUUUUAUUUUCACUUUGGAGAAUAAUGUUGUAAUAGUUCAAUUGAUAUUGCAAAUGUUUGGUAGGUAUUUUAUAAUAUAUCGUUUAAUGACUUAUGUAGUAGCUAGUUUUACAAUCUGCUUUUCAAAAGCGUCUUCCUUGUAGCUUGUAAUUUUCACUAAAUGUGAAGACGUUAUAUGAAAGGUGUCA